CACUGUAAAGUAGAAUACACAGCAUCAAUAAUUUUUUUUGGUGAUUUUUGAAUCACCCUGUAUCAAAUAAUACUUUUUCUACACAAAGCAAUAUUAGUUGAUGUUAUCAGAAUACUAUUACAGCAAAAAAUCCUUAAUAUAUUGAGAAAAUUACAUUUUAAUGCGUUUUCAAGUUCAUCACCCUGUAUGUUGAAAACUGGCCAUAGGAUUGAGUUAUGCUCAUGGACACUACUGUUCACUAAGUCAAUAUCUUCAACAUACCAAAAAUACAAGAAUAUUAACCGGAACCCAUUUCUCCAUAAGCCGGCUGCCUGGUCCUUUGGUACAAAAAUACAGGGCAUUUACAUAUACAUUAAUUUUAACUUUCAGGAACAAUGGGAAAAUGUUACUGUACAUAGUCUAAACAGUUCGAGUUUAAGUUUACCUCCUAGUCCUAAUAAGGGAAAUUAUUUUGCUGAUGAAAGUCCACCUACUCUACAUCCUGCAGGAGAUCUUCAAAAAUUGUCCAGGUCUAGUUUAGGUAGAGCCAGAAAAUUACAUAGGAAUGUAAUAAGCGAGGAAAGUGAAGAGAAGAUUCAGUUCUGUCGCAAACCACUAGUUCGUACACAAUUCGUAGAAUGGUCUUCCAAACGUUUUGCGCAAUCAAAUAAGAAAGAAAAAAUACUCAAAGAUAAAGAAUCUAGCUCCUACUAUGAAAGGGAUUGGAGGCAUUCUAGGAAUGAUAGUAUAAGAACGGAAGCCUCAGAAGAGCAACGAAAGGCAUUAGCGACUAGAAUAGAAUCUCAAGUGUUCCAUAUAAGGACUGCGGUUGCUCCUUCACUAUUACAACUACAUCCAUUUGAUCAACAAAUAGCCGUCGCUGGAAACGACGGUUUUGCAAUCUUCGACUGGGGCACUGGUGCAAAAACUACUUCUGGUCAAAAUAGAUCACCAAAAGUCGGGAAUGCCAAGAUAACCUCGAUAGAAUGGAUAAAUAGUCAUGAUAUAGGAAUGCUCAUGGUAGCUUCAGACGAUGGUGGUAUAAAAUUGUGGAGACCCAAUACAGGACAAAGCCGUGAACCAUUACUUAUAAGUGCCUGGCAAGCUUUUAGUGAACUAAAACCCAAAUAUUCUGGAAUCGAAAUGACGUGGGAACAAUGGACACAGACCUUAAUCACCGCUGGUGAUUCCAGAAUCAUCAGAUUUUGGGAUGCUGAAAAAGAGAUGAGAGCCUUCGAUUUGCCUACUGGAACAGAUAGCUCAGUAACAUGUAUAGAUUCAACGUUUUCAAGCAUAUGUCAUGAACACCAUAAAAAAUACUACAAUGGUUUCGAAUUAAAUGAUGAUGGCUUGCUGGUAAGGAGCACCGAAUCUUAUCAUGGACCAAAGCUGGGUUUAUGUGCAAUUGGUUGUGUAGACGGAUCAGUACGAUUAUUCGAUCGUAGAUGUAGUCAAAAUGAUGCCAGAGUCAAGGUUUGGUUGGAACAUCCCGGUAGUGUAUUAACUGUACAACUACGAGAGAACAUAGUUAUUAGUGGAAGUUCUUCUGGUGAUGUAAGAAUAUAUGAUAUUAGGAAAAAUGAUUCUAUUCACACAACUCAAGCUGUUCCUAAUUAUGGAAUGUCAUGUAUGUCUAUUCAUAGAACUGCUAAUACAUAUGCAUGCGGAUCGAUGAAUCAAUUCAUCAGCAUUUACACAUUGAAAGGAAAACUACUCAAUACAAUACGAGUCUACGAGGGUUUCAUGAGUCACAAAAUUGGACCCGUCACGUGCCUGAAUUAUCACCCUCACAAAGUGGCUUUGGCUACUGGAACCUCCGAUUGUUGCGUCAAUGUUUACAGCCUAGAAGGUAAAAGGUGACGAGAUUCACAGCCCUAGGCCUUGUUAUGGGGCCUGUUGGGCUACUAUUAGUAAUUAUGCUCUAUAGAAAGUUGUUUUAUAGAUUUUGGUUUUAGAUGGAUGAUAUGAAAAUAAUUGUUCACUUUGUGAUAAAAAUGUGAAUAGCAUAUAUUGAAUGUUUUUUUUUUUAAUCAUAUGCCAACAUUAUUAUGUAAGAUUUAAUGGUAGGACGUUGUUAUAGCAAAUUUUUUAUUAAUUUUUUUUUUUAAUAAAGUUUCUUUGCACAAAAAUGGUAUUUUAGAUUUUGUUUAUUUUUUUACCAGUUGAACAUUGUUCCCAUCAUAUCUAUUUAUGUAUAGCAAUGUUGGCACAUGGUAAAAGAAGAUAAAUAAUAUUAAACGUAAAAACUAGUCAUUAUUUUCACGACAGGAACAAUAUGACUUAAAUACUGUUUUGUUAAUUUGUUUGAACAAGACUUUCAUAAUUAGUAAUUAAAAUUUUGAACUUUUUAUUUGAAUGAUUUUAUUUAAAAUACAAACUGAGGUGUCAUUUAUUUUACAAAAU